AUGAUCAAGUUCUGGACAAAUCCAAUGUCUCAACCCUGUAGAGCAGUUACUUCUGUUUUGAAACUCCUUGAGAUGGAAUAUGAGGAGGUUAAAACCUCGCUUGCGGGAGGCACCAGAACACCUGAAUUUCUUUCCACAGUAAAUCCAAGAGGAAAGAUUCCAGUAAUUGAAUCAGAAGGCUCAAAGUUGGUAGAAAGCAGUGCAAUUCUGAGGUAUUUAUGCAAUCUAUCUCCAAAUGGUGGAAAUCUGUACCCAAAAGAUGACCUUAUCUCGAGAGCAAGGAUUGAUUCUAUGCUUGAUAUCAAUGCAACCGCUUACCGUCCUGCUUUCUCAGCUGCAAACAAUCAUCUCUGUUUUAUCCCAACAUUUUACGGUGGUCCAGAGCCAACAGAGGAGAAAGCAGAGGAGGUUACUCAAGGUGUCCAUUCGCAAUUUGAAGAUAUUGAUCGUAUCCUAACAGAUCAAAAAUUUAUCGCUAUUGAUACUUUUUCCAUUGCGGACGUCCAGAUCUAUCAUGAAGUUCUGAAUGUAUCAACAGUCUGUGAGAUUAGUACUGAGAAGUAUGAAAACCUCCAUGCCUGGAAGGCUGAGGUAGAAAAGAUCCCUGAGAUCACAGAGAUAGGAGGGGUCUUCAUCAAAAUGUUCAAUAAGGCUAAAGAGAGAUUCCUUAAAGCAAAGGAAGAGAAAUAA